AUGAUGGUUAAUAUCUUGUUAUUUGAAGGUUCCAGUGGAUAUAACACCACCACUACCUUUUGGCAGAAAUUCUGUUGCCCUAAGUGUCAAGUGGAACUCCCUCCAACAUCUUUAGCCAAUCAGUGUGAUGAUGAAACAUGCGACUAUACAACAUGGAGUUUAAACUUGCGUGUUGUUGGUGAAUCUGAGAGAGGAACAGUAUGCCCAAAUUACCUUCGCUGUAAUGGUCGUCUUGUGAGACGGGUUGAUGCUAAGUUGAAGGCUACAAUUGAGAAAGAGGUUGGUAGGAUAAGAGUAAACAAGAAACAUAAACUAAAAGCUGGUUCAGUGGGACCCAAUGUGAAGAUGACAUGGAUUAAAUUCAAGAUGGAGAUGCUGAUGAAGAGGACUUUGGUGAUGAGGAUGAUGAAGAGAAAGAUCAUCAAGCAAUAG